AUGGGACAAGAGAACUUAUCUUUCGUGCUUGAAAAAGCCGGAAGUGUCAAGUACGAAGACAGACCGGUCCCGAAGCUGAAGAGCCCAUACGACGUAAUUGUCAAUGUCAAGUACACUGGAAUUUGCGGUUCGGAUGUCCACUAUUGGGUUCAUGGAGCAAUUGGCCAUUUCAUUGUCAAGUCGCCUAUGGUGCUGGGACAUGAGUCCUCUGGCAUCGUGACUGAGAUAGGAGAUGGCGUCAAGACGCUCAAAAAGGGAGAUCGAGUCGCCAUGGAGCCUGGCAUCCCGUGCAGGAGAUGCGUGAACUGCAAGAGCGGGAGGUACAAUCUCUGUCCAGAAAUGGCGUUUGCGGCGACGCCUCCAUUCGAUGGAACGCUGGCGAAGUAUUACUCUCUGCCAGAGGAUUUCUGCUACAAGCUGCCAGAGCAAAUUUCGUUGGAAGAAGGCGCGUUGCUGGAACCUUUGAGCGUGGGUGUGCAUAUCUGUCGGCAAGCCCAAGUGUCUCCAGGCGUCAGCAUUGUGGUCUUUGGCGCUGGUCCGAUUGGGCUGCUGUGUAUGGCAGUCGCAAGAGCAUUUGGAGCAAGCAAGAUUGUUGCUGUGGACAUCAAUGCAGAGCGGUUGGAGUUCGCCAAGGGCUAUGCGGCUACUCACGGCGUCGUGUCCCAGAGAGAGUCGGCUCAGGAUGGUGCAGCAAGGAUCAAUAGGGACUGCGAUCUUGGAGCGGGUGCAGAUAUCGUGAUUGACGCUUCUGGUGCCGAACCGGCUAUCAACACUUCCAUACAUGUGCUGAGAGUUGGCGGUACCUAUGUCCAGGGUGGAAUGGGCAAGGCGGACAUUCAGUUUCCCAUCGGAGCUAUGUGCUCGAAAGAGCUGAACGUGAAAGGCAGCUUCCGAUACUCGAGCGGCGACUAUGCUCUUGCUCUCGAGUUCAUUAGCACGGGACGGAUAGAUGUGAAGAAGCUGAUCACUGGUCGAUUCAAGUUCAACGAAGCAGAGCAGGCAUUUGGAGAGACCAAGGCAGCCAGAGGAAUUAAGAUCUUGAUAGAAGGUGUGGAGGAUUAGAGCUAAAGGCCCAGCUAGCUGUCAAUUGCCAAAUACAUGUCGAUAGC